AUGAGUGCCACAUCUAUACCUCACCAAAGGUCCAAGUCAUUGGGAGACAUAGAGCCGCUCGGCUACGGUAACGGACCCAGCCUUCCUCCAGAGUCUCCGCAAACACCCACGUCCACAAAAUCAGCCAAGUUUUCAGUGUCUCCCAAACUUGGUUUGAAGCCUGUCUAUUUAUUGGGCCGUCGAUCGUGGUACAAUCUUAGAUGCAAGUUCAAGCAGGAGGAAACAGUGCGCGGUUUCGAGCUCAUUUCUUCCAGUGCUCAGUUUGCUAACCCGUCGGCCCAAUGGUUGCCAUUGCCAGUAAACAACUGCCAUUCGGGCACCUCGAACACCGCCAAACCUGGGGCUGCUUCUGACGUUCUGGGAGAGCCCUUUGGGGGCGGCGAAAACUACUAUUCGGUUGUCACGCCAGAGGAUAGUGAUCGGGAGUCGGCCUUCUCGUACGACGGACCCUUCAGACAGCUAUCGAUGCACUUUUACAAGCAACAGUCUCCUAUCUACGAUUAUGACUCGGACUAUGACGACGAUUAUGGCGACUACGAUAACUACAUACCUAGCGAUGGCGGCGACGAAGAGGACUUGUCCCACCUCGAUGGCGCCUCCUACGGCUUCUACCAGCACAGCAACACCAAUACCACACAGUUUCGCGCACGAGAAUCAUACGAUGAUCUAAUUGAUGAAGUUUGCCAACUUAUGUCUGAUCAAGACCACGACGAAUUCCUGCCCACUCUCAGCAGAUCGCGAUCUGAGAUUUGCCAGCGACAGCGGGCUCCUACCGUCCACAGGCGCUACUCAAUGGUAAUUCGGGGAUCGGAUAGAGUUGUAACUCUAUUUUCUCCGCUAAACAGCCCCGCUCGUGACCAAAGCGUGAGGAGCAACCGUACGGUUUUGACCCCUAUCACAGAAGCGCCUCCAACGUUUGUCCUUUGA